UGUCUGCAGCGAGGAGCGGAGAGGCACAUGGAAACACCUGAGCCUGUCACCAGCCCGUCCCUGCCCGGGGCAGGGGCACGGCUCUGCAGCUGGCCGGGUGCCCGAGCCCGGUGCAGACGGCCUGGCCGGGGAGGCUGUGGGGGCGAGGGCCGACUCUGCUCUUUUGUCUGCCAGGGCCAUGGCGAGCGCCGAGGGCUUCGCCGCCGUCUUCUACAGCGAACCCGGGGUGCUGGGGCUGCUCGGCAACGUGGUCAGCGCCUUCCUCCUGUGCCUGCAGAACUUCACCGUGGCUGCCACUGGCCUCGGGCCCCGGGCAGCAGAGCAGGUCCUGGCAGGUGUCCACCUCAUCCUGAUCGGAGGCUUUGUCCAGCUCCUGGCUGGAUUUCUCGCCUUCCGCAAGUAUGACCACCUUGGAGGCGCGGCCUUCCUCACCUUCUCUGCUCUGUGGAGCAGCUAUGGGGCCACGAAGGUCCUGUCUGCCGUGUAUCCCUCCCCAGAGAACACAACGCUCCCCUCUGGGAACUCCAGCCAGCUCCCGGUCACUGGCACAGCCCUGCUCUCGGCCAGCCAGAGCUCCGUGGCCGGGCUGGUGGCCUACAUUGCCAUCUCCUUCAUCCUGUCCUUCUGCUCGGCCACCGUCAACUACAUCAUGCCCUUCAUCUUCGGGGCCAUCGCGCUGGCCCUGGGCUUCGAGGCGGUCGCGCUCUUCGGGGACUGGGCCCUGGUGGUGUCCGGGGUCCUGGAGCUGGGCAUCGUCCUUUGCGGGCUGUACGGGGCUGUGGCUCUGCUCCUGAAGGGCAUCACCCAGAGGUACGUCCUGCCCGGCUUUGGGCACCCCCUCUUCAACGUCCUGCUGCUGGGAUCGGCACAGAAAAGCUCCUCCAAGGCCCUCGGGGAAGAAAAGAAGAAGAACACCAAGUACGCGGAGCCGAUGGCCCUGGGGAACAUCUGCGACACCGUGUCACCCUUUAUAUUUGCCUUUUACUUCUUCGGGUACAUGAAGACAUUCUGUGUGGGGGCAGCGUGGAUUUCCAUCAUCUCCAGCUGCCAGCUGCUCUCCAGCUUCUACAGCUACCUCAGAGGAGACAGCUACCACACCACCAAGUUUGGUGUCCACAGCCUCCUCUGGCUGGUGAUGUCCUGGGAGGAGUUUGUGCUCACCACCUUCCUCAGGCUGCCCGUGGCUCAGGACAGCAGGUUGGGAAUGUUUGGAGCGUGGUUCUUCCUGGCCACUGCCUGCCUGCUGUUUCUGAUGUCGACCCACAAAGACACCCUGGAGAUGCUGCAGAACGCCUCCUUCAUCCUCCUCACCGCGGCCUUCGUCCACCAGAUCCCGCUGCGCGGCGCCCGGCCCUUCCUGGGGGCCGCCUGCAGCCUCUGCACCGCGCUCUCCCUGUACGCCGCCUUCGCCAGCCUCAUCAACUCCAUCGGGGAGAAGGCUCUGAUUCCCGUGGGCGCCCAGGCCGUGCCCAGCUCAGCUCUCCAGGCCAUGCUGGGGGGUGUCCAGAGCUGGCUCUCGAGGUCCAAGGACAUCCCCAGUGGCACCAGCGCUGCCGUGCCGGACUCGUUGUUCUACAUCUGCAAUGGCCUGGCUGCGGCCGCCGCCAUCCAGGGCAGCGUGGGUGUCCCGGGCAGGCAGCAGCUCUCCAUCCCCUCCGUGCUCAUCCCGGGAGCCCUGGGGCAGCUGUUCGUGUGCCGGAUCCAGGUGCAGGGUGGGAAGAGGUUCGGGUCCGUGCUCCCCUUCUGCUAUGCUGCCUUCUGGGCAGCCUGGACCUGGCUGCGCCUGGCAGGCCACUUGCUGGACAUCGGGGCGGGUCACACUGAGGGCUUCACUGCUGGCUCCGUUGCCUUUUUGGUGCUCAAUGCUUUUUUAAUCAUUUUGGCUUCCUCUUUUAACAUGGUGCUGCUCUGCCUGACCCUGGCCAUGGAGCUCUUGACCGUUUGUUUUCUGCUCUUUACACUGGAGAACCUUCCUUUGCCAUUUGAAAUUGUGGUGCUGAGCAUCCUCAGUGCCAUCUGCUUCUACGGAGCCGCAGCCUCUCUCACCAACUGCAUGUUUGGGAAGGACCUCCUGAUGAUGGGACCUCCUCUGCUCACAGUCCAGAGCUCCAAGAAGGACAGGGAGGAUCCCCUGCCCUGCGUCUGCCCCAAGUCCCACCUCACGAGCGGCCUGAGGACCAUCGCGGAGCUGCUGAACACGGGGGCCGUGUGCGGGGUCCCCACAGACACCGUGUAUGCCCUGGCAGCCUCCUGCAAGCACCCUCAGGCCAUCGAGAAGGUCUACAGGAUCAAGGACAGGCCUCAAGAGAAGCCCAUCUGCAUCUUUAUUUCCAACCUGGAGCAAUUGCGAGCAGCUGCCCCGCCCAUCAGCCCCCUGCUCUGGGAAUUCAUGGAAAACGUUUAUCCUGGCGGCAUCGGCUGCAUUAUCCAGAAGGGAGAGUGGCUGAAGAAGUUGGAUUCCUGCUCAGGAACAGACAUCCACAGACACAUUUAG